AGCGGAUUGACUCUGUUAUCUGACCAAAGUGACCCUUUUGUUUCCCCUCAACGGCACUUAUACGACCUAGCACUACUCAUACCCUUCCGGUCGCUAUCCUGUGUACUCUCAACUGUCUGUUCGCUGCAUAUCGAAGUCUACUUCUCGUCUCAAUACUUGUCGAGACGCAAACAUGACUCGAGGCAAUCAGCGGGACAAGGCUCGCGAAAAGAACAUGAAAGAGCAAGCUGGACAGAAAAAGAAGAACACACAAACCGGGACCGAGUUUCAGCGGGCGAAAGAGGCGCAGGCUGCCAUUAUGCGAGAAAAGCAAGCAAAAGCCGAAGCAGCGAAAAAGACAACAGAUGCAGCCUCGACGAAGAAGAAAUGACAUGAGCCAUGAAGUUGUCUCAUGACAGCAACGUAUAGAAAACACCAUCAUCCCAACAUGCGGCAAUCUCAUCGAUACAGCUCGCACCCGUUUUGUAAAGCGUUAGCAGGGAGUUUACGGGAGGCGCAUUCUCACUACAGACAACCGCAGAAACUCAGGACUGGAAUUGGCUACCACUCGUAGAUGUUCACGUUCAGAGCUUUGAGGGGCCGUACUAAUACGUCUCAUUUCUUGUGUGUUAGUCUUCUUUCGAUCCUCCAUCGUGUUUAGUCUUUUCCUCAUUGUCUUGUGAAGCAGUAUUGCCCAAGAUUUUGUGUGACCUACCAGGGAUAAGUCACAGGGAUAAGUCGAG